GGAGGCGGCGCUCACCAGCAGCUCCGUGCGCACCGCGUCCGCGUUGGGUGCCGCUCGCUCCAUGGACAACUCAGCCGCCUCCAGCGCCACAAGCUUGAUGCACUCCCGCUUGUCGACCUCCUUCACAUUUUCUCUCUUGAUGGCAUUUGCUGUGGUGACUUCUCCAGCAGAAGAAGAAGACAUUUUUUGUUGCUCAAGGCUUCCCUGGUCGAGUCACUCCUCCCAGCUCGAUCAGGUUACCACCUCGCCAUGCGAAGGCGAUCGGAUAUCUGACAGCAGCUGAAAGUAGAUACUUCUCCCUCUCUCUACCCCCAAAGCCUCCCAAUGUGACUUUUUACUCCACGCAGACUGCAAGUGGACGGAGACACGGUGAGGUCUAUGCACAGGAGAGCCACGCUAUUGGCCGCCCAAGGCCCCCAAGAGGGAGGAGCGACAAGGAUCCAGACUCCAGUGUUUGCUUUCCAGCUGUCACUCAUACAAGCUCCACCGUAUCGUCCAACAGCGCGCUCACCUGUGCAAGAGAGAAACAAAAAAUGGACGACCAAGGGUGUCCGAGAUGCAAAACAACAAAAUACAGAAACCCUUCGCUAAAGCUGAUGGUGAACGUCUGUGGACACACGCUAUGUGAGAACUGCGUGGAGAUGUUGUUUGUCCGUGGCUCGGGCAACUGUGUGCAGUGUGACACGCCCCUGAGAAAGAGCAACUUCCGUGUGCAGCUCUUCGAGGACCCCACUGUCGACAAGGAGGUGGAGAUCCGCAAGAAGGUGUUGAAGAUAUACAAUAAGAGAGAUGGUGACUUUCCUAGCCUGAGAGAAUACAACGACUACUUGGAGCAAGUAGAAGACAUUGUGUUUAACCUUACAAACAACAUUGAAGUGGAGAACACCAAGCUGAGGAUGGAGCAGUACCAGCGGGAGAACAGAGAUCUUAUCCAGAAGAAUAAAGCUAAGCUUACGCGAGAACAAGAGGAACUGGAGGAGCUACUUCUACUGGAGCAGCAGGGCAAUGAUCAGCGGAGACUGGAUGUGCUGCAGGAGGAGCAGAGGCAGCUUCUGGCCAAAAAGAAGAACAAGCAGGCUCUGCUGGAUGAACUGGAGCAAUCUCAGCUUCCUGCCUCCAUCUUGCUUGCCCAACACAAGGCCCGUGUUUCCCAACUGGAGACUGAGAUAGAGCAGCAGAAACACAUGGUCAAACCCACCAAUCUCUUUUCAACAGGAAUUCAGAUGCGUCAGACGGUAUGUCUACAAGCUGUACCCAAGUUAGAAGAAGCUCUAUACCGCUACAAUCCUCUCCAAAUUGAAACCUAUGGACCACCGGUGCCUGAACUGGAGCAGCUGGGAAGACUUGGAUACUUGAACCACGUGCGGGCCGCCAUGCCUCAGGACACAGCUGGAGGAUACAGCUCGGCUUUGGCAUGUCAUCGAGCCAUCCAGGAUGCUUUCAGUGGCCUCUUUCCACUAACAGGCUGACCUCAAACUCUUUUUCACAAAAAGGGGUCUACUAACAGACUAGAAAUACAUUACUGAAGACAAACACUAUCAUGGUCGUCAGUGAUUACUGUAAUGUAUAAUAUUAUUUUAUUUUCUGUAUCACUUUUAUAUAUAAAUAAAUCAGAAUUCCCACAGUUUGUCAUAGCAAUUUAUUUGAAAGUGAAACGUCUCAAUGGAAGCUCUGAUAUCAAGCAUUUCUAUAAACAACUUAGUUGUAAAACAAAUGCAACUCGCCCACCCCACAAUGAGAUGAAAGAUGUACAACAUUCUACGACAUUCGAUGCAAGAGUUGGAUUCAUUAGAUAACACCCAGUUUUGAUACUCAUUUAACAAUGUUUGUUGUUAUGCUUGUAGUGUGUAAACUGAGAGAAACAA